AAAGGGUAGCGAGUUCAGUUUGCAAUAGUACAGGAGGCGUAGCUAACCCCUAAAUUAUAUUCGACCAACAUACUGCCGUACAAUUCAUAUCUGCAGAAUGAGGAAAGAACACUACGGAAACUGGGAACUCUACCUCCGGGUUUGAUCACAUUCUACAACCUGACAUAUCCCCUCGAACGAAGCUGGCAUGUCUUGGGCCUCGGUCAUGAUCCAGCAGUGGGCCCGAAAGAAGUCGAGAAUGCAGCCGUUGUUCACUACAACGGGAACUACUGUAAGCCAUGGUCAGACCCUGCAGUUGCCAAAUAUAAGCAGUACUGGUGGUCCAAGUUUGUUCCCUUAGAUAGUCCGUACGUUCAGCAAUGUUUAUUUUUACUUCCCUCUAUCGAAGUUUUUGAAUGAGAAGUCCAGUGAAUUUCCUUAUGCCCUUAUCGCAGCUCAGCAACGUUGUACAUCACUAUCACCAAAUAAAGAACGCCGGUUCACAAAUAACCUCCCACGUUUUCCCUCCGCUAUUCAAACAUCUUGCUAACAUUCGAUCAUUCAAACUUGGAACUUCGAUUCACGCCGAUGUUGUCAAGAUGGGUUUUGAUUCUUACGCUUCGACCUGCAAUUCGGUCAUUAGUUUCUACAGUAAAUGCAGCAUGAUGAGCUCUGCGCUGAGAUUUUUCGAUAAAAUGGAGUGUAAAGAUUCGGUAUCGUGGAACGCUUUGGUACAUGGAUUCUUGAGUUUAGAGGAGUAUGAGAUCGGCCUGAGCUCGUUCAUGGAGGCUAGGGCUUCAAAUUUUGAACCCAACGUUUCAUGCUUGAUCCUUGUUGUUCGAGCUUGCUGGAAACUGGAAGCCAUUGACGAAGGACAAAACCUACAUGGGUUUAUUACAAAGAGUGGGUUUUCAAUUGUGGCCUCAGUGCAGAACUCUUUGCUCAACAUGUACGUGAGGUUUGUGAACUUGAAUUAUGCACAGAAGUUGUUUGACGAAAUGUGUGAACGAGAUGUGAUAUCUUGGAGCUCGUUGAUGAGUGGAUACACGCGAUGCGGAAAUGCCGCCAAUGCUUUGCGAUUGUUUCGAUCGAUGUAUGUUGAGCUUGGUAACGAGAUGGAUGGGCUUGCGGCGGUUUGCGUUCUUCAAGCAUGCGCAAACGCUGGAGAUAUCGACAAUGGGAAGUCCAUACAUGCUCACUUGAUCCGUAAAGGGUUUGAAGAGGAUGUGUUUGUUGAGAAUUCUCUUAUUGAUAUGUACUCGAAGUGUGUUGAUAUUGAUUCUGCCUUCGUGGUCUUUGAUCACAUGUCAUCUACUAAUAUUGUUUCAUGGAAUAGCAUCAUAACUGGAUUAAUCGGUAAUGAGAAAAGCAUUGAAGCCUUACAACUGUUCGGUUCAAUGCAAAAGACUGGAGUCGAGGGGGACGAGGUGACCAUGGUCAAUCUUUUGCAUGCCUGCAAGCAACUCGAGCUGCCAGUGCACUGCAGAUGUAUUCAUGGAGUAGUUAUCCGAGGGUGGUUAUCGAAUGACUUCGUACAGAAUUCACUGUUAGAUUCUUACACAAAGUGCGGCCUAAUGGAACUGGCCAUGAAACUAUUCGAUACAAUGGAGAGAAAAGAUGUGAUAUCUUGGAGUACCAUGAUUGCUGGCUUUGCACACUGUGGCAAUGCAAGUGAAUCCAUCGCCCUCUUUAGAGAGAUGCAAUUCGCAAGAGAACCGCCAAAUUCAGUCACUAUUCUUAGCUUAAUUGAAGCUUGCGUCAUUUCUGCCGAGCUCAAGCUCUCAAAGACCGUUCAUGGCUUAUCAAUCAGAAAUGACCUAGACCAAGACUUGACCAUCGGAACCUCACUCAUCGACAUGUAUGCAAAAUGCGGUGACCUGAUCAGCUCAAAAAAAGUGUUUGAUGAAAUGCCUUCAAAGAACAUACAUUCCUGGAACGCAAUGAUAGGUGCAUUAGGGAUGAACGGACAAGGAAAAGAAGCGCUUGCCCUACUCCACGAAAUGCAUGAUCAGGGCAUGAAGCCAAAUUCAGUCACAAUGGUUUCCAUCCUCUCAUCUUGUAGCCAUUGUGGUUUAGUACAGGAUGGGCUUGCUUGCUUUCAAAGAAUGCUAAAAGUUCCCUCACUGCAACCUUCACUUGAACAUUACUCAUGUGUUAUAGACAUGUUGGCGAGAUCCGGAGACCUUAAGGGCGCGCUCGAGGUGAUAAGGAAGAUGCCUGGAGAUGUUGAGCCAUCUCCGGUUGCUUGGGGAGCUCUGAUGAGUGGAUGUAGGAGCCAUGGGAGCUUUAAGCUUGGGCAAAUUGUCGCGUCGCAUGUGGUUGGGCUUGAACCAACAAAUUCUGCCGGGUAUCUGAUGAGCUCGAGCAUGUUUGCAAGCGGAGGAGUGAGUGAGGGGAUGGCGAGCAUGAGGAGGUUGAUGAAGGAGAGGAGGUUGAAGAUGGUGAGUGGUAAUAGUUUGGUGCAUGUUGAGGGGAGGGACCAUAAGUUUGUUGCUUGGGAUGAGUCUCAUCUGGAGAAGGAGGGAAUUUAUGUUAUGGUUGAGUUUUUGCAUUAUUGUAUGAAGAAAGUAGAAGGGAAUGAUUGAAUUUGCAUCUAUGCAAGUAUCAUGGGAUUUAGAUGUAGAUAAAAUUUUUAUCACCA